CCGACGUAUAGAUCAGUGGUUGUGACACUCGGAAGGAAGUCAUCCCGAAACUAAUACUGGAACAGGAAGAAAGAUGAAAAGUAGAAUGUAUCAGUCAAACAUGUUUUUCGCAGAUGCAGAAGGAUGUUCUGAUCCGGAUUCAGUCCAGUUGUGUAGUUUUUGAGCAGGUUUUGCCAAAUCCGGUGUGUAUCAGCUGUUUCUGCAGACACUGUAUCAUCCGAUACUGAAAUCAGAACAUCAGAAGAUUCCUCAGUGUAAAAAAAAACCUCUACAAUCACACAAAGUUAUGGAAGGAACCAGUUCCUCUUUUUCCACUCACAGCUGGAGAAAAUCAGACCUGCAGGAGGAGACUGAAGACGUGAAGCAGGAUUGUCUUGAUGAAUCAGUGGAUGAUGUUCUGCAGAGAGUGAAAGAAAAACACAAAAGCAUCAUGAAGAACAAGUAUGAGAAUUUAUUUGAAGGAAUCAAAGCACAGGAGAAUCAAACGCUCCUGAAGAGAAUUUACACACAGCUGUACAUCAUAGAGGGAGAGAGUGAAGGAGUGAAUGAAGAACAUGAGGUUUUACACAUGGAGAAAAAGCCCAGAAGAACACAAGACUUACAAGACUCUCCAAUCUACUGCAAUGACAUCUUUAAAGCUCAAUCACAUCAAAGAGAAAAAAUCAAGAGUGUUCUUACUAAAGGCAUCGCUGGAAUUGGAAAAACAGUCUCUGUGCACAAGUUCAUUCUGGAUUGGGCCGAGGGAACAGCCAAUCAGGACGUAGAUUUCAUGUUCCUGCUUCCGUUUCGAGAGCUGAACUUGAUUGGAGAGCAUCGCUACAGUCUUCACAAACUUCUGCUGGACUUUCAUCCUGAACUUCAAGAUGUGGACUCAAAGAUUUAUGAGGAGUGUAAAGUUGUGUUCAUCUUUGAUGGUCUGGAUGAAAGCAGAAUGACUCUGAUGUUUUCAGACAGUGAGAAAGUUUCUGAUGUGACUGACACUUCAUCAGUGGCUGUGUUGAUGUCAAACCUCAUGAAAGGAGAUCUGCUUCCCUCUGCUCUCAUCUGGAUCACCUCCAGACCAGCAGCAGCCAAUCAGAUCCCCUCCAAAUACAUCACGCUUGUGACAGAAAUCCAGGGAUUCAACGACGCUCAGAAGGAGGAAUAUUUCAGGAAGAGAAUCAGCGACGAGCAUCAAGCCAGCAGAAUCAUGUCACACAUUAGAAGAGCGAGAAGCCUCCACAUCAUGUGUCACAUACCAGUCUUCUGUUGGAUCUCAUCCACUGUGCUUCAGAAGAUCCUGACACAAGAUCACAGUGAAGAAAUCCCCAAAACUCUGAGUGAAAUGUACAUCCACUUCCUGCUGAUUCAGAUGAAGAUGAAGAAUGAGAAGUAUGAUCCAGAAAGAGAUCCAGAGAUCAACAGAGAAGUGAUUGUGAAACUAGCUGAAGUGGCUUUCGAACAGCUGAUGAAGGGCAAUGUGAUGUUCUAUGAGGAGGAUCUGAGAGAGUGUGGGAUAGACAUCACUGACGCCUCGCUGUAUUCUGGCAUCUGUACUGAGAUCUUUAAGGAGGAAUCUGUCAUUCAUCAGAGGAAGAUCUACAGCUUCAUACAUCUCAGUCUUCAGGAGUUCCUCGCUGCGUUCUACGUGUUUUACUAUUAUGUUAUCAAAAUUACAGACACUUUACAGUUUUUUGAUGUAGUUCACACUUUGCAUAAAGAAGCAGCAGAUAAAGCUCUUGAGAGUGAAACUGGUCAUCUGGAUCUUUUCUUGAGAUUUCUGUUGGGCAUCUCACUGGAGUCCAAUCAGAGACUCUUACAGGAUCUACUGACACAAACACUGGACACAUCACAAGCCAUCAAGAAAACCACACAGUACUUUAAAGAUCAAAUCAAGAGUAAUGAUGGUCUGUCAGCUGAAAGGUCCAUCAAUCUGUUCUUGUGUCUGUCUGAAGUGAAUGAUCAGACUCUGUACAGAGAGAUUGAAGAGUUUGUGAGAUCAGACAAACACUCAGAGAAGAAACUCUCUGCUGCUCACUGUUCAGCAAUAGUCUACAUGCUUCAGAUGUCAGAGGAGGUGAUGGAUGAGUUUGAUCUGAAGAAAUACAACACAACACAGGAGGGCAGAAGAAGACUCACACCAGCUGUCAACAACUGCACAAGAGCUCUCCUUGCUGAUUGUAAUCUCAAUGAUCGAUCCUGUGAAAUCGUCGCUUCAGCUCUUGAAUCAUUAAACUCACCCUUGAGAGAGCUUGAUGUGAGUAACAAUGAUCUUCAGGAUUCAGGAGUGAAGCUGAUCUCUGAUACUCUCAAGAACACAAACUGUCAUCUACAGAUACUGAGGUUAUCAGGUUGUAUGGUGACAGAUGAAGGAUGUUGUUAUUUGGCUUCAGCUCUGAGUUCAAACCCGUCACACCUGAGAGAACUCGACCUGAGCUACAAUCACCCACAACACUCAACACUUCAGCUGCUCGCUUAUCAAGAUGAUCCAAACUACACACUCAACAAUCUCAAUUUGGAUCAUGGAGGACACUUCAGGAUCAUACCAGGACUGAGAAAAUAUGUCUGCGAUCUCACACUGGAUCCCAACACGGCCAACGUUCGUCUGGUUCUGUCUGAAGAGAACAUGAAGAUCAUGUAUGUUAAAGAACCACAGUCGUAUCCCGAUCAUCCGGAGAGAUUUGAGCACUUUGAGCAGAUUCUGUGUAGAGAAGGUCUGACCGGACGCUGUUACUGGGAGGUGGACUGGACGGGAUAUGCUGAUGUAUCUGUGACAUAUAAAGGAAUCGGCAGGAGAGGAGGAGGAGAUGACUGUCGAUUUGGAUGGAAUGCAAACUCCUGGAGUCUCUUUUGCACAGCUGAUAUAUUUAGCGUGUGGCACAAUAAUAAAAACAUUUACAUAUCUGCUCCUUCACCUCCAUCUAAUAGAGUAGGAGUGUAUCUGGACUGGCAGGCUGGUGCUCUGUCCUUCUACAGCGUCUCUGACACACACACACUCACACACUUACACACAUUCAACACAACAUUCACUCAACCGCUAUAUGCUGGAUUUAGAUUAUUUCCUAAAUCAUCUGUGACUCUGUGUCAAAUUGAACAACCUACAGUGAGGAACAUCUGAGGCUUCACAUGAACGAAAUCCAAAUUUAUUGACUUUGCAGCAAGGUUAAAGGUGAUUCGGAAAUGCAUGUAAAUAUCAAUCAAGUAAUGUCAAUAAAUUACAAUUGUGUAAUAUUA